AAUUUAUUGCAUGCAUAACUGGAUAACUAUUACAUCAUAGCUAAAUGUUGGCAAUGUUGUAUCAGCUGAUUAUAAUACCUGUUUUGGUUAGGACGACAUUCGUAAUCGUGAUUUUCUGUGAUCUGUGAUAGAUGUCAAAUUUUGUGUGAACUGUGAAUGCACCUCAUGUGGAUGAUUUUUAUAAUGUAUUGGUGGUUUUUUAAUGCCUAACAUUAAAUGUUAAAUGAGUGACACGAUUUUUAAUUGAUUGUUCAUGGCGGAAUCAAUGUCCGUGAGGAAGGUUCUGCGAUUUGUUGAUAUUAUUUUAAGAGUACCACCUCUGUUCAUCAUUGAUGAAUUAUUUCGAACCCGAUUAGGUCUUCAGCAAAUUGACACUAGUAAUUCUACUUUGAGCUUCAUAAAUGAAGUAGACACUUUAAGUGAUGUGAAUUUUUUUAGAAGGAAGUUAAUAUUCUCAGGAAGUGAUACAAAUUUUGACUCUCAGUUCUAUAGAUUUUUUGCUUUCCAAUUACUUAGCUUUUUAGGAAGCAGCCUCUCUUUUUUGUCGGCAUCAUGCAUAUUCAUGCUAUGGACGAGACACCUCAUAGUGCUAUACACGUAUCUAGUUUCGGUAGGCAUGAUAUUCGUUUCGUAUUGGGCGAACGUAAUGACCGUACAAAUCGUGGUCGCCACAACAUCAGUGACACAGAGCAGUGUGCUGGAAGACUUUCUGUCGUUGAACAUUGAUAACUUGACGAAUCCGGAAUACUGUAUGUGGCCGUUGCUGCAGAACUACGCGUUGCAGUGUGCGCUUGCCUAUGGGUUUGCGUGCGUGCACCUGGGGCCACGGUACGCGUUGCUCCAGAAGUUGCUGCCUGCCAGCUUCCUGGCGCCCUCCAUCUUGUCCCUGCUGCCGCUGCCUUCUUCCGUGCUGCAUCAUGCGCCCGUCUUCGCCGCCCUGUUGCCUUUGGCAUUGGUCAAGUUUGUGCUCUGGUGUAGCGCGCUACCCAUCAUACAAACCAUAUAUGGAGGAUUUCACUAUGCUAGGAACUUUGUGAGCAAUUUCGGGCUGUCUACGCUACUGGAGACGCAGUGGCAGCGUCUGAAUGUGCCCUGCGUGCUACGCACAUUCUGGCUGCUGCGUGUGGCCGAGCAUGCGGGUGCGUUGGCCUACGACCUGUGGAAAGGCAACAAUGCCUCGCUAUUCCUCACCGAUCCCCCCCUGCCAACUGUGCUCGCCGCCUUCAAAUCGCUGCUCAUCACCGGUUGCGACACCCUCACAGCUGUGCUCGGCAUGACCUCCAUCAUAUCCUACAUCUGCCAUUACAUUGGCUGUUUCUUCCAAUGGAUCCUUUUAACCGGCGAAGAAGAUGAUAAAAGUAUAGGCACAGUGUCAGCAAUACUGUUCUACAUCCUCGCACUUCAAACAGGUCUAACGACACUGGAACCAGAAAAACGAUUCAUCCGGCUUUGUCGCAACUUUUGUCUCCUGUUCACAGCUCUUCUCCACUUUCUGCAUAACAUUGUUAAUCCUCUUCUCAUGUCACUCAGCGCAUCGCACAAUCCAUCCAUACACAGACAUGUGAGAGCAUUAGGCGUAUGCCUAUUUCUGAUAAUCUAUCCUUCUUCGCUGUUGAUCUACCUGUGGACCAAUCAUCCAAUCAGCACAUGGCUGCUCGCUGUGUCUGCGUUCAGUGUUGAAGUCAUAGUCAAAGUCAUUGUCUCGUUGCUCAUCUACAUGCUGUUUUUGAUCGAUGCAAAUCGUUUGACUUUCUGGGAAAAACUGGAUGACUACGUGUACUACAUUCGUGCAUUUGGAAAUACGGUUGAGUUCUGCUUUGGAAUAUUCCUGUUUUUCAACGGAGCGUGGAUUCUGCUUUUCGAGUCCGGAGGUGCCGUAAGAGCAGGCAUGAUCGGAAUCCAUGCCUACUUCAAUAUAUGGAGUGAAGCCAGAGCAGGGUGGAACGUGUUCAUGAAACGAAGAACAGCAGCAAAUAAAAUCAAUUCACUACCAGAAGCAAGCGAAUCACAGUUGCAAAAGCUAGAUGAUGUUUGUGCCAUUUGCUAUCAAGAAAUGCAAACUGCAAAAAUCACUCGUUGUAAUCACUUUUUCCAUGGUGUCUGCUUGAGGAAAUGGCUGUAUGUGCAAGAUCGUUGCCCGCUCUGUCACAAGAUACUCUACAGAGUGGACAGCUCCGAUGAGGGCAAGGAUGGGGAAGGCGACGAAGGGGAAGAUGAGGACCAAUUAGAAAUUGGAGAGGAAGCUUUAGAUAACUAUGAACCAGUGGCUAUAAAUGCCAAUACAUUAGCAACAAAUCUACGUCCAUCGCAAGUUGAAGAACGCACACCAAUCGCAAGUUGAAUAAAGAUGAGAGACAAGAAAUCUUCUGGUUGUUGGAAAAGUAUUCUAUAAUGGUGGAGAGGUGUUAUUACUGUAAUUAUUAAGAGUGAAGACUUUUGUUAAUUUCUUAUAGGAAUUGAAUCAGUUUAUACAAAUCUUUUACAAUGAAAAUUGUUGAUCACUAAUUUCUAGAAUGUUCAUUGUUACUUAUGUACCAAAAUCUAGUAUUAGUUUGUAUCCUGUGUAACUACCAAUGACAAGUUGUCACACUUAUUAAAACUCCACUAUGAACUGUGCUUGAGGGGUGAAUCACCCGAUUAACGUACACGCUAUAUUAAAAUUCAUCAAAUGUAUUAUAAUUACCACUUAAUCGAAACGACAAGCAACAUUUAAAUUAGACUAGUUUUAAUUCAUUACCAAUAGAUUCGAUUGUUGGUCACUUUCAAUUUUAGUUUUUUUUUUCAAUUUGUAUGUUUGUAAGCGAUGUCUGAAUGUAUUUUUGUAAAAUUUGGGAAACUUUAGUGAUAUGUUUUUGUUAAUAUUAUUUGGGAGUGAUAUACAGUAUAUAUAUGAUCAACAUUUACUUCGAGUGACUGUUGAACUGCAUUAAGUUGGUGAUCUUCUAUUAGUUUAUCUACACUAGGUAGUUGUAUGUUUUCAAAGUCUUGUCAAAACUUAUCCACUCACUACUUUUUUUUUAGUUAUUAAUACUCCUGAAAUGAGCAUUGAUUAGUUACAAAGGAGGUUUAACCGUUGUAAGAAAGUGCUUUAGGAAGUUUAGUAGCUCAUUUCCCCACAAUAUUACAUCUUCAAUAUUUUUUCGGUGAAUUUAUUGGAUCUCAGAGUCAAUUGAUUCACGUGUGUAAGUAAAUUAUUGAAUAUGGAAGUAAAAAGUGCCUGUUUUCCUCUAGGAGAGGAAAAUACCUUAAUGCUCGAUUUCGAACGUAGUUACCAAACUUUAGUAACGGCAUGAUCCGUCCUCUCCUAUAUCGAUUGGUUGAUUGGCUAGCUCUAUUAUAAACUUUAUUCAUGAUGCAGUUUGUAAUUCUAAUUUUGAGGUUGUUGUUUGUAACUGUAUUUAAUCAAAACCGUGACAGUCUGUUACAAAAUUAUUCUCAAUCAAGUUUGAUUACUGAUACUUAGAAUCUCAAUGGUGGAUCAGAGAUUUGAUUGUGUUCGACGUUAGUGUAACCUGCUUCGUGUAACCAAUAUUCAAUCUUAUGAUCAAAUUAAUAUGUUUGUAUUACUGUAUCUCAUAAAAUACCUUACAGAUAACUAUAUCUAGCCACAUUGGAUUGAGUUUUCUGUUAAAGUCAUUUAAUGAAAAAAGGUUAUUGAUCUUAAUUUUGGUCGAUCAUCUCCUUUGUGAAAGAAAUAUUUUCCUUAUCUAACCGUUGAUUUUUUUCUCGUUCUUGUUGCAAAGACCAUGUCUAGUUUUACACCUUCUACUCUUUCAAUAAAAACCGUGAUAUUGGAAACGAAUUUUCUAAUGAACAUUUCAUCAUUCAUUUUUUUGUCAGUUUGAUUCAUUUCUCAAUUAAUUGGCUAAUAUUACAGCCAAUGAGUGGGAGUUACUGGAAAAUAGUUCAAACAAUAUAACCUCUUGAGUGAACCAUAUAAUUCUUACAUCCGCAAUAAAUUAUUGACCCCAUUUAUUGCUAGAUAACAAUAGCAACAAGCUUGACUUGAUUGAAAAUCACGACAUUUUCGUUUAAAAAAUCACUCCGUUCCGCAAAUUGCAAACUUAGAAUGGUAUAUUAUUUGUAAGAAUCAUGUUUUUUAUUUUCAUACUAUUAUUAUCCAGGCAUAGAAUAAAUAGCCUAAUAAUGCUGAUUUCCCCAACGCACAAAUUAUUUCAAUUUAUUUUAUUAAUAUUAACGCGCAAAAUUGUUAUUUUAUUAAUAAAUCAGAAGUCCUGCACAAAUUACCAUUAACAACUAGUCUUAUUAUGAAUUAUUAUCGCUUAAUUGAUUUUUUCAAUAAUGUCGUAGAAUUUGAAUCUCAUUCUCAGCAGUAAUCAUAUUCAAUUAUAAGCUUUUGGCUACUCAAUAGUAAGAAUUCGUUUUAAUAAUAAUAAUUAGCUCUGUUACGAAAAAUCCUUAGAUACUACCGACGUUUCACAGGCUAAAUUUUAUUCCUGUACAGUAAUGCAACAGAAUAUAAUUUUACUCUUAAUGGAAAUUGAAGGAAAGUGAUUAUUUCAGCAAUAUUCAAAUUUAAUGAAAGAUUUAUUUCUAUCAAUGAAUGUUGUUACCAAAACUUAUUGAUUCAUGUUUCAAUUGUAUGAAUUAUGAAACAUGUUUUAAUUUAAAUGAUCCUCAUUUCUAGUAUUAUCUGUUCACUUCAUUGAACCUCAGUUUUUCUGAGAGCGCUUUAAGUAAUUUAGUUUGUUAAUCAGAAUCAAUCAUGUUUUGAUCUGAUUUUAAUUAUUAUUUUAUAAACAGGUAC